AUAUUUCGAUGGUGUCAAUAAUAAAUAUAACGCAAUAGAUACAUUGCGCAAUGUACGUCUGCGUGGGAUGAACCGUAACUGACGUUUAUGAGGGUCGUCUUUAUAUAUGAACCUUGUUUUGAUUUCUCCAUAAUUGAUAUUCGCGUUAACCCUGAUUAGCCAUAUACGUAUAAAGUUUACUUUGUUAAAGUUCAAGUAAUUAAAGUUGAUGCUUAGUCAUGCGUUUAUUAAAAUCAUAAAAUACGAGUGAUACCUAUGCGCAAAGGGUAGCUAGAGUUAUAAAUGUAUCUUUGUCGUCAACGUCAACAAUGAUAAUGUCACCUUGACAUAUGAUAUGACAUGUAUGCGAUGGGAACGUGACGGAAUUGAUAGCGAUAAUUAUGUCGAUCUUAAUUUAUUUUACUGUUAACUAUGUAAAUUGAAUUAUCGCUAGUAUCCAUUAGACGUUAUCCACAUGUCUAUCGUGGCGCGCGGGCUGUAGCGAUGGACGACGGGGGUAUGAACCACUACGAGCAACAGCUGUACACAGUGUUCAAAACGUUCGACGUAGAUAACGCGGAGGCGCUGGACCGCGCGGCCGUGCUGCAGCUGUGUGACGCCUUGCAGCUCGAGGGCCGCGGCGCCGCGCUGGUGGAGUCGCUGUUCGAGCGCCGCACCGAGCGCGUCACCUUCGCCACCUUCCGCAACGGGCUGCUCGGCGUGCUCGGCGCAGAGCCCGCGCCCGAGCCCAGCGACGACGACUCCUCCGGCCGCGAGGUCGCGCCCAAGUUCGUGUUCGGCUCCAAGAAGUACGGGCGCCGCUCGCGCCCGGCCCGCGCCGACGACGCCGCCGCCGCGCCGCGCGCCGCCUCCGCCUCGCGCCUCGACGCCGACGCCGGCGCGCGGCCCCGCAUGCGCUACAAGCGCAGCGCCUCCGCCAUGGAGGCCCGCACUCCUCCGCCGGACCUCCUCGACCACGAGCGGCGCAUAGACCGCGCGCAGGCCGCCGCACUGUGCCGCGACCUUCACAUGGACACGAUCGAUCCGCGCCUCGUCGACCGCAUCUUCGACGACGCGCCUGCGGAAGAAACGACCGUGGGCGAGUUCUUCGACCGGCUCAACGCGGCGCUGACGCCUUUAGCGGCGGGCGAGGCUACUGUGCCUACUGCAAUACCGCCGCCAGAUCCGCCUGAUGGGGAAGACGACGCGGAGGGUGCAGUGACUGGGGAGGCGAUCGCCGAGGCCUGGGAGCGCGCUGGCGUGCGCCGUCCACGCCGUCUCCUAGCUGAGCUUGGCUUUACUGCUACGACUCUGAGUCCAGCCGAAUUAGAACGCGCGUUGGACGACGAAUUACGCGCGCUGCCGGCGCGUGAGGAGCGCGACGCGCGGCCGCUACUACAGCAAGCGGCGCUGGCCCUCAGCCGCCUCCGACGUGCCAACGCCCGCGCGCGCGCCGCCGCCGCCGUCGCCGAGCGCGACAAACUCCGCGCCGACCUCGCCGAGGCCAACCGGCGCGCGCAGCUCCUCGCCCAAGAUGUAGAUGAAAACCACGCGCGGUUAGAAGCAGAGCGGCAGGCCGCACUUCGCUUGCUAGAAGCGCGGCACGCGGAGACCACGCGAGCCGUCAGUAACGAGGCGGCCGCGGAGCGCGAGCGAGCCGCGACGAUACGCGCUGAACUGGAAGCCGAAGUAGCACGACGAGGAGAUUUAGAAGCAAAGCUGCGUGCUGAGUUAACAGCGCUACAGUUGCGAUCAGAACAGCUGGAGCGACGUGUGAGCGCAGCGGAAGAAAGGGCUACGGCAGCGGAACGCGAGCGAGCGCGGACAGAAGAAGAGGCACGCGAGGCGGCGGCACAAGCCGGGCGCGAGGUGGAAGAGCGUCGAGUAGCCAGCGAGGCGCUGGAGCGGCAGGUGCUCGAGUUGCGCGAGGAGUGCUCGCUGCUGCGGGACCGCGCGGACGAGCUGCAGGCGGGGCUGGAGGCGCGCCGCGGCGCCGCGCCGCCGCCCGCCGCCGCCACCUCGUGGCGCGACGAGGCCGAGCUGGCCGCCGACGCCGACGCCGCGCUCGACAGGAUCGAAGACUGCGACUCGUCGCCUCCCAGCAUCGAGCGUCUAGUCUUUCAAACCGACGCCGCUCGCCGCCUCCGAUCAAUCGCUGACUCUUUAUCACCCGAAUGCGCGCGCUGCGAGGCCGCAGCGGCGGCUUUGCGGGAGUUGAGCGACUCGCCGGCGGCGCGGGGGUUAAGAGAAGCGACGGCGGCGCGGGGGCUAAGUGAAGCGCCGACGGCGCGGGGGCUUAGUGAAGCGCCGACGGCGCCACGGUUAAAUGAGUCGGUUGAAGCCGCUGUGCAGACAGAGGAAAGUGAUGAAGGAAAGCGCAUUGAAGAGCUCCAGAAGAAACAUGACGCGGAGAAGAGUGACUUGAAUAAUUUGAUCGCCGAACUAGAAGCCAGCAUCGAAGCUCUCCGCGAAGAAUACGAGCGUUGCGAGGAGUACUGGGCGGGCAAGUUAGCGGAUGAGCGUUCACUGGCCGCCGACGAGGCAGCGGCGAGUGACGCUCGCUUGAGCGAGUUACUCGCCCGAGUGGCGGAGUAUGAGGCACAGUUCAAGCCGAGGUUACCGGCGCUGCAUGAGAGCGAGUUGGAGCCACAGUACGAGCAGCUGGCGCAGGAGUUCGAAUCGUUUAAAAUAGAAGCAGCUCGGGCGCUGGCGACGGCGCGCGCCGACGCCGACAAAACGCGCGAGGAGCUAGAAAAGGCGAGGACGGCGCCUACACCCCUUUGUAGCUGUCGACAGAAAACCCCGCUUGCACCGCGGCCUGCUUCCGACGGCGACCAGCGCUUAGUGGGUUCGCAUCCACCGGGGUCAGGUGACAUGUCGCGACGCAGCGUAUCAGCGGGUGCACUGGCGCACGCUGCGCUCCGCGUCGGCGGCGGCGUCCAUGUUAGCGGCGGCGGCGGCGGCGGUGUCGGCAGUGUCGUCGGCGGCGGCGUGGAUGUCGGCGACGCGCCGUCUGCGCAUGACGAGAGGACGGCGCGUGUGCCGCAGCCGCAUCUACCGGGCGCGUGCGCGUGCGCGGCGCUGGCGUCGGCGUGGCGGCGCGCGGCGGCGGCCGAGGGCGCCGGGCUGCGCGCGCGCGCCGCGCACGCCGAGCGCGCCGCCGCGCGCCUGCUGGCGCGCCUGCAGGCCGCCGACGCGCUCGUGGCCGAGCUCUACCGGGAGAACUGCCAGCUGCAGCACCACGCGCGCCCGGAGCCCCGCCUGCUGUGACGUGGGCGGCGCUGACGGCGGCCGAGGGCGCCGGGCUGCGCGCGCGCGCCGCGCACGCCGAGCGCGCCGCCGCGCGCCUGCUGGCGCGCCUGCAGGCCGCCGACGCGCUCGUGGCCGAGCUCUACCGGGAGAACUGCCAGCUGCAGCACCACGCGCGCCCGGAGCCCCGCCUGCUGUGACGUGGGCGGCGCUGACGGCGGCCGAGGGCGCCGGGCUGCGCGCGCGCGCCGCGCACGCCGAGCGCGCCGCCGCGCGCCUGCUGGCGCGCCUGCAGGCCGCCGACGCGCUCGUGGCCGAGCUCUACCGGGAGAACUGCCAGCUGCAGCACCACGCGCGCCCGGAGCCCCGCCUGCUGUGACGUGGGCGGCGCUGACGGCGGCCGAGGGCGCCGGGCUGCGCGCGCGCGCCGCGCACGCCGAGCGCGCCGCCGCGCGCCUGCUGGCGCGCCUGCAGGCCGCCGACGCGCUCGUGGCCGAGCUCUACCGGGAGAACUGCCAGCUGCAGCACCACGCGCGCCCGGAGCCCCGCCUGCUGUGACGUGGGCGGCGCUGACGGCGGCCGAGGGCGCCGGGCUGCGCGCGCGCGCCGCGCACGCCGAGCGCGCCGCCGCGCGCCUGCUGGCGCGCCUGCAGGCCGCCGACGCGCUCGUGGCCGAGCUCUACCGGGAGAACUGCCAGCUGCAGCACCACGCGCGCCCGGAGCCGCGCCUGCUGUGACGCCAGCCCGCCCCCCCGUCGGCUCCGGCCCCACGCUCGCCCGGAACCGAGGUUCCUGCCGCAGAGGUAUGCAUCGUUCGCAGUUAACUAUUUGUAAACUUUAUUAUGAACGAUUAAGAACCUUCCUUUUAGUACGAACGCGCCGCCGCGAAAUUAUUGACGCGACUGUGUGCCCGCGAAGCGUUAGUAGCAAAGUUGUAUAGGUAAAACUUCCAGCUGCGGCGCAGCCUGAGCCCGGACUGCUGUGGCAGAGGUGCGCGGCUGAAUGAAAAGACAGGGGUAGGGACGUGUUGGUUCAACACGCCGACUCCGUUCAAAACGACUGAGAACCUAACGUAAAUAUGCAAGAACGAUAAAAAUAGUAAAUAUCGAAAUUUGAUUUUCCUACACUAGCAUGAUGUUCUCUACACUUUAUCAAAUAAAUUAAUAAAUCAUUUCAACUUAUUAGCUCCUUCCGUAAGCUAACAUACCUUUAAACGAAAAUUCAACAUAUUGACAUUAGACAAUUAUACGAAACAUCAUAAACAUAUGAUUUUAUUCAAUCACCAUACAUUUUUCAAUUUAAGUAUAGGUACUUCAACGGUUCAACUACUAUAGUUAUUUCUUUAAUGCUAAUCCCGCUUGACUAACCAACCAACUCUAGUAAGAAGAAAUUAAAAUAAUACAACUAUCACAUACUACAGUAAAUCAGUAAAUAAUUAAAUUUUUCGUUAAUUUUACGUAUUUUGUUACUGCAUUUAGAUCUACGUCUCUUUUGAGAUAAAAAAAAGUUGUGAUUACGAUAAUUACGAUUAUGUGACUUCAUUCCGAAUUAGAUUAGGAAAAUAUGUAAAUCAAUCCUGCGUCGACUGUGUGUAAGUGCGUCUAAAAUUAUGCCAUAUAUCAUUAAUUUAUUGUUGAAAAAACCAUUGUUUUUUUUUUAAGAUUUAUAUUUUUUUUACAAAUUGACAAUUGGAGAUAAGUAAAUAAUACAAAUGUAUUUAAAAAAAAUUACUUUAUAAAUUGUUUAUUGUGAGAAUCAAUGUAAUAGUUCAUAGAAGAAAAUCAACGAACUGCCUAUUGUACCUAGAACUGUUAGGUAAUACUUAACUAUAUAUAAUUAUAUUUAGACAUAUUAGGUACAAAGGACUUAUUAAAAUUGAAAUAAAAAAAAAAUAGUUAUCAAAACUGUCGAAAUAUAUAUUUUGAGAAAACUUUGUUUGAUAAUGUAUUUUCAGAAUUUGACGUAAAAACACUGAAAUUUCUUUUGACUGAAAGUGGUAGUCAUAUCGUCGACGUGUGCAUUUCUAUUCCGAUUACUGAAUAUCUCGAGGGCCAGAAUAUUUUACUAUAAUUUAUUAUAUAUAUGUUUGAGCUGCCGUAAGUUUUGACCAACAUGUAUAUAUGUACAAAUAAAACAUGCAGGGUCUCUGGUACAGUCCACUACAAGUAUUUUAUACAACGAAGCGCUUAACUAUAUCUGACAAUUCUGACAAGAUCAAGAUUUUUAUUCAAGUAGGCAUAUUACAAUGCGCUUAUGAACGUCAGAUAAAGCUACGCCGGCUCUAACCCUACACCUCUGCCCGAGAAGAUUUAAAUCCCCCCUCAAUUGGAGGAGGGUAUCCCAAUAUAAACCGGUAAGAAACUCAGCGGAAACGGGACACAUCUGUUCAAAACAUUACAUGUUAUAAUUAACAUGCAUUAAAUAAGAAAAAAUACAAUUUAUAGCCAUACAAAUAAAUUCGUGUCAGAUGUUUUGCCAUGCUUCGUUGUGCGAGAUACAAGUGUUGACUGUACGUUCAUUUGAACGAAAGAAAUGGCCUUUACCUAAUUAAGCAGUAUAGUCGACUGACUUAUAUACAGAACAUUCUUAUGACUAUGUUAUUUGUGUAUACUAUAAGUUUGUAUUUACGCUUGAAUUCCUUUCCUAAAGGUUUGUGAACUGUUAUAGAUACUCGUGCCUAAAUAUAAUAGGAUUUUACCCGAUAUAUUGUUUAUAUAUUAUUGACUGUAAAUCUUUAUUGCGUAUUUCCAAAACAUUAUUAAUUACUACGUGCCCGAAUCCAUUGGGUUCGCUUUAAAAAUCUCGUAUUGUACAGCGUUCUACAUAUGUAUAGUGUGUUACAGUAACAUUUAACAGAAUGUAAACUAACUAAACCCAAUGAUAUUAUAACUUAAGAUAGGUUACGUUGCAAAAUUGAAGCGCUUACCUUGGUCAAACUGUACAAGUUGCCUUUAGUCGCCUUGCGCCUAGCCAAGCAAGAAAUGUGCAUGUGCUAACCAGCUCCCGCACACCGAAAGAGACAAGAGACUAUGACAAAGAUGAAUGGAAGAUGAUUAAUCGAAAAUAACAGAUUUCUUCGUAGGUCGGGUGACUUGUUCAUCAGAUUACCACACUUUUUCGAGCGCCCAUGUCUCGAAAAUUUUCCAUUAAAAUAAAUUAUUGCAAACUUUUAUAGAUAGACUAUAAUUGGCUACAAAUUAAAAAAAAAUGAUUUUCUUUAUAGUUUUGACAUUCCUGUGCUUUAAAAAAAAAUGGAAUUGGGCUCCACCCUAUAGGACAAGAAGAUGUUCUAGAGUUAACCAAAUUGUACACAUUUAAUCACUUUUUUAUUUCAUUAUUUAAUAACAAUACGCCCCACAAAUUUAAGAACGCAGUUCUCAUUAAUUACAAAGAUAUAUAAUGUGUACUAACAAAGAUAAAAUAAAAUAUUUUUACUCAUAUAUUAUCCUCGAAUAUCAACAUUUUGUAACCUGGUGGUUAACCGUAAAAAAUACUAGUUUCUAAUAUAUGAUAGUUCGAAUUAGUAAUUAUCAUGGUAAUAACAUCUGUUUAUUUGUUGUAACUAGUUUCCAUAUUUAUGUGUAAGUUGUGCGAUGAUUUCAGCUUAUUUUUCAUCAAUAAUAACAUUUAUAUUACCUUUUUAUACUAGUUAGCUAAACGUUCGACAUCAGAUUUUGAUUAAAUGUUCGACACCCCCCUCCCGACGCGGUUCUGUUUAUCGGACUUUUAAACUAACAGUUUAAGAUACAUAUUACCUACGUGAAAAGAAGCAGCAGUUAAAAUAUUAAGAUUCUUCUAAAUUUCCCAAAUAUUUAUUACGAAAUAUUGAAAUUAUUUCUCACUCGUCCGUAAAUGAAGCAAGCAAGCAAGCUGGAGAAUAGGACAGAAAAGAGCUUAGGUAUCCAAUGAACUUGGUUGCACCCUGCGGCAACGUCGCGUUCGCCAGAUAUUCGUUUGGCUAUUUGUGUACUAGUGGCUAAUGAUGAACAGCCGACCCUAUAGUAAUAAGUAUGGAAGUAUUUUUUGUGCUCCUUAUGUGUAUAACCUAUCUAUAGUUAUGUAUUAUCCUUAAACCACGUAACAGUAAUACCAUAGAUACCGUAAACUUGCUCUACAUGCCUACCGGGACAAACAUUGCCUGGCAUGAAACAGCGAUAUUCUCCUAAACAGCUGUCUUUAUCGAAUUUGAGCGUCGUGCAGUUUAAUAAUAGUAAUAUAUAGUGACGUAGGUGUGUCAGUGUUGUAUGUGUGUGACGCACGCAGAUAGUGCCUUUUUUGUCGAAGUCGGCGCGGACGAAAUAUUGGGUAUUCCGUUUACAUUUUUAAUUGGACGUGGGUCAUAUACAGAUUAGGUUCUAAUUUGGCUUUUCGAUCUCCAAAAGUUUUUAUUACGAUUUUUGUACAGCUCAAAACAAUGUAACGUAAAUGUAACAGUGUAUAUCUAACGAUUGGACGCAGGCGAUAUAAACCACAAAAAUAUCAAAUAGAUUUGGCCAUAAGUAUUAUUUUUUACUUUCGGGGUCAAAAGAGACAUUUUUUUUGUCUUAUUGUAUAUCUUAGCGUAUGUAUGACCUACACGCUAGAUAUUGGCUGUUUGAUUUGUAGAUGUGUACAAUCGCCAUUAGAUAUAUCGAAGCAGUCAAGGUGCUCAAAAAUAUCUCAACACUAUUAUUAUCAAAGUAUUACAGUGCAUGUUUAUAUAUUUUUGGUACUUUGGCCGCCUUAGUAUAUUGAUGGCAGGUACAACUAACGUUUACUGUCUUUUAUAUAAUUUUGACGUUCAAAGGGUCAAAAAUGUCUAUAUCAGUUAUAACGUUUUAGAUGGUAGAGCAAGUGUUAUUUUGAUUCUGAAUGUUGUUGAUGCAACCUGCACUUAAUAAUUGUUGUCAAUUCAUACGAACGUGUAUAGUUGUGUGAGUGUAUGUGUGAUUAUAUUUAUUACAUGGUUUACUCGGAAUUGCAUAUGGUAAUAUUCAAUAGGAUAAACAAUACUAACGUCGUCUCUGGUUCCAUCGACUAUUCUUAUGAUGCAGUGCUGACUUUCCUACAAUACGGGGGCAAUAACUGUCAGGACCAAUCAUUUGGUAGUUCACCCUGUCUCCCCCAGUUGAAAAACAUGCAUUUCAAGUAAAGAGAAUUUGAAAUAGAGGUGGAUUGUCAAAGAAAACUUUGUAGUCACAUUAAAUUUCACGUCACGCCAUCUAAUAGAUCAAAGGCCAAAGGCAAGGCGGCAUCGAUUUGAGUGAUGGCGCCACUUUUUGAUAUUUAACAAAUUUAACACAUAUCAGCAAAAGAAUAAGGAUCAAAGUCAAAUGGCGUUCUAGAAGUUUUAAUCAAGUGUCGAAAGAUGGCAGUAAAUUUACUGUGGCUAUACAAAGUUUUCUUUGACAAUCCAUCUCUGUUUCUAGGUAAACCAUGUUUAAACGUUUUUACAUGAUUGUGUGUUGGGUUGACGUGAUGCAAAUAGGACGAAUUUUAUGUUAUUACGACACAUUUUGUUGAAAUGUUUAUUGUAGAUAUUUAUAUAAUAAAGAACCAACCCGCACGGGGUUAACGUGACUAUACUUAUCUCAUUCCCUCUCGAGCGAGAGGCACUGGCCGUGCACGUAUAGGCUGAAUAUGAGAACUUAGUCAAGUAGAUAGGGAGUUUGUAAUUAUAAGACUAAUAGUGUAAUAAAAAAUAUUACACACUCAUGAUAUGAAAACAGGGCACUGUGUGGAAAUUCAAAACAAAGUGCCCCAUUUUGAUUGCUCUUAAGUGUAUAAAUGUUCACAAAGCUGCUUGUUGUUGAAUGCACGAGCAAAAUAUUUAACUAUUUUUCAUAAUUUAAUCCAGUUGCAAAAAUGUCAAUUACGAUAUUGCCGCACUAAAUCAAAGGCCUUAGAAAGGUGGAAAGGGGGCGACCGCUUUCCCAUAAAAACGUAAUACCUUUCCUUUUUUUGAUUUUAACAUUAUAGAAAAUAUUUUAACGCGAUUUGAUGUAUAUCAACGAUAGCUUCCCAUAGUUUGAUUUUUUUAUUAUUAUUAGAGUCUGCUCCUAAUUCUUGUUAUGAUUAAAUAUUUGAAAAAGAUCAAACAAAAGGCCUUAGCGGUGGUUGAUAUAUAUAAAAUUGUGUCUAAAUCUUUACAAUAAUGUUAAUAUGCAGAGGGGAGGAUCAUGUUUGUAUAGAAAGGCGGUGUCGGGCUGUCAGCCACUUCCGUCUUAAUUUUACAGAUAGAAAUAAUACUUUAAAUAAUUUCAAUUUACAUUUAUGCAACUGGAAACCUUUUUUAUCCACAAUAGCUAAAUUAUUGUUGACAUAUUGUUAUUAUAUAUAAUGUGAGAUAAUAUGUGUAUCCUUAUGACGUUUUUAUAUGGUUUUACAAUUAAUAUUGAAACAUCUGUGUGGCAAAUGGCAGAAUUGGUACAGACUAGGGCCCGUUUCAUAAAAAUUUGCAGUACAAGCGACAGUUUCAUUACAAUAAAUGCAUGCAAAAAUACGCAACAUGCAACAAACAACAUACAACAUACAUACAUUACAUGCAAUAGGCGAAUAUAAUGGGUUAGCACGUUAUCUUUUCGCGGAUUAGCAAAGUAAUAUUUUUUAUGUUUUACAAUAAAUAUUUGAAAAAAGUACAAAUUACAAGUUUUCAUAAUACGGGUCCCCUAAUCUCGUAGUUAUUUUUGUACACAAAUGUAUCAAUGCUAACCGACAAUUCAUCGCAUUUUUUUUUACUAGUAACUGUAUAAAUGUGUAUCACCCUUUGUACGAGUUAGCACUGUACCAAGUGUAUCGCUUCCUACCCAGUGCUCCAUGGACCGUACGCUGCCGACAGCGGUGCCCGCAUUGCUCUGUUUCAUGCUCAAUAAAUACCAUUCUUGACUUGCCUUCCGCAUGGGUACAGUUAAUUUCAACAUUUAGACAGAAUGGAAAACAAUGUUAUAUUUGUAAAGGUAGUUGUUCCCACUGGUAACAACGGGGAAUAUUUUAUCUAUUCAAAUUUUCCAUAUAUUCGAAACGCUUUUCUAAAAUUCUGAGCGUUUCAGAGACUUUAUUAUGGAUUUGGAAACGUUUUGAAGAAAUGUUUGUCCCUACGGUAACUUGCAUUUUCGACAUUAAUACGAGUGUAGUUAGUCCUAUUCAAAAUUCAAAAAUUUAUUCUGCAAGUAGGCCUCAAGGGCUCUUUUACAAGUCAAUACAACAUUUAUAGUAACAUCUAUAAUAUUAUGACCAUGAUAUUGACUGUACCUACCGUCUGUAUAAAUGGUGAAAGCGUUAACUUAAACGAUGUCGUUUAAGUUAACGCUUUCACAAUUUGUCAGUACUUAUAUUUAUUGUAAAGACGUACAAUCAAGUGGGUGGAUAACAUAUGCAAUGCGACGUCACUGGGCCUAUUCCACUAUCGCCAAACCUUAUAUGUAUUGAAGGAGUGGUUGUUAAGAGUGUUAUUGUUAGAAAAUUAAUAUUUGAAAUAUAUCUUUAUCAUUUCUAAUCCUUCUAAUUAUUAGUGACCGCUUGACUACAUACUAAACUGUAGUAUUAAUAAUAGAAUCCCGACCUAAAUGUUUUAUACUAAGUAAUUAUAAUAUAAUAUAAGUAAUUAUAGUAUAUUAUACCUACCUGGUAAGGUCACGCCGCCGCCGAGCUAAAUUCAUCGGAGCGUCGACGUCGCGAAAUUAAAGGUCGGCGGUCUACUUACAAUAUUUUUUAUAAUACCAUAUCCGAGAAAAUCACAAUAGAUCAAACAAUUUCGGCCAAAUGUAGGCAGUUCUAUGAAACUAAUUUUCAAAUUCGUUAUUUGCCUCUCUUUCUCACAAUCAAAUUGAGGUAGAUUAAGAGGCAAACAGCGAACUUAGAUGUUUAUAGAACGUAGCUUUAAUUCAAUACAUAUACGAAUAAGGAGUUAGUGAAAUGUUAGCCCUGUCCGAAGCGUCCCUCCCUCUCAUACAUAUCAUUACGUUGUUAUGUGAAAUUGACUGUGUGACGCAGUAUGUGAAUAAAAUGUUGAACUAA